GUCAAUCACCACGCACUUUGGCAGUGCUGGGUUUUCUUGAGCAAAGGGACAGAGCAUUAGACACAGAACGAGUAUAGAAAAAGGAAGGCUUCUAGCCCUUUUUCCGCCCUAAACCCCCCUCUCCUCUGAUCCACGACGCCAUUGCUUCGCCGAAUCAAAUUUCUUACGUGAUAGAAGCAUCUUUCGGACCAGAUUCGCAAUCCACAAAAAAAGAAGAAAAAUGAGUUUGUCGGAAUCGAACCAAGCCCAACACAACAGCCUUUUGAGCUCUGAUUCACAAAGAACCCUGUACCCAUAUGUCACGGGGACAUCUGUGGUCGCCCUCAAGUACAAAGAUGGUAUUUUGAUGGCUGCUGAUAUGGGAGGUUCUUAUGGAUCAACUUUGCGAUACAAAAGUGUGGAGAGAAUGAAGCCUGUCGGGAAACACUCUCUUCUUGGUGCAAGUGGAGAAUUAAGUGAUUUUCAGGAGCUAUUGCGCUAUCUUGACGAGCUCAUCCUCUAUGACAACAUGUGGGAUGAUGGAAACUCGUUGGGACCUAAAGAGGUUCACAACUAUUUGACCAGAGUUAUGUACAACCGACGCAAUAAGUUUAAUCCUCUGUGGAAUACGCUUGUCCUCGGUGGAGUGAAAAAUGGACAGAAGUACCUUGGCACAGUAACCAUGAUAGGUGUACAUUUCGAGGACAAUCAUGUGGCAACUGGAUUUGGAAAUCACCUUGCACGACCAAUUCUUCGUGAUGAGUGGCAUGAGAACUUGAGUUUUGAAGAUGGUGUGAAGAUAUUGGAGAAAUGCAUGCGCGUACUCCUUUACCGUGAUAGGUCUGCUGUCAACAAGCUUCAGAUAGCUAAAAUUACUGAAGAAGGUGUGACAAUCUCCCAGCCCUACUCAUUGAAGACUUUCUGGGGAUUCUCUGCUUUCCAGAACCCGACAGUGGGUGCCGAAGGAUCAUGGUAGCUGGGUGACUGCUUAUCUUUCCGAUUUCCGUAGUCCCAUUUCAUGAGUGUAGAUGGGUUCCAGACUUAAAUUGGUCAACCAGGAUAUAAGUUUAAGUUCGAUGUGUUUUUUCUGUUCACUGGAACCAUGAAUUUGUGGGGUUAUUGUAUUGAAAUAUAUGUUAGACUCGGCGCUAUCUGUUUAUUCCUGGUUGGCUUUCGAGAAAGACAUCCAUCUAAAUCCGCUCAACGACUUUUAUAGAUAAUCACUUGCUUCCCUUUUUCUCUA